AUGAUCGAUUUCGUUUAUUUGGGUUUUCUUUCCAUUCCCUUUUCCUACAUUCUGUCUAUCCCUUUAGUUUCCACGCGCAUCCAAAGGGCACAGAGCAACACUCCUACCACGAUAAAUACAACUACCUCUACAACAUUCCCGGUCGUGAUUAUCAUUUCCCGCCUUUUUCCCGUUCUUCAUCCUCUUGGUUCUCUUUCACUUUUUUUUCCCGCUUUCCGUGUUUUUAAACCCUCUCAAUCCCUUUCUUUCUUUCCUUCUUUCUUUCUUUCUUUCUUUCUUUCUUUCUUUCUUUCUUUCUUUCUCUCUCUCCCUCUUUCUCACUCCCUCUGUAGGUGGGGAGUAUACACACCAAUUCUCUUUCGUAAUAUCUAUCUAUCUAUCUAUCUAUCUAUCUAUCUCACUGUUGCUCCCAUCCACUGUUUAAUCUCCCUAAAUAAUUGGCAUAAUCAACAAAUAUUAAUGUUUGCGCCCCUUUUGCAGUAA